ACAGAAUCGACUAGAGCGCCGCACCUGAGAUAUCAUGUAGUUGGUUGUGUCUUGUAAUCUUUCUGAAUUUGUGAAGAAUCGACAAGAACGCCGCACCUGAGAUGUCAUGUAGUUGGUUGUGUCUUGAAAUCUUUCUGAAUUUUCAAAGAAUCGACUAGAACGCCGCAUCUGAGAUAUCAUGUAGUUGGUUGCGUCGUUUUUAUCUUUCUGAAUUUGUGAAGAAAAAGCAAAGACAUCACGUAGCUGGUUGUGUCGUCUUUAAUCUUCCUAAAUUUGCUAAGCAAAAGCAAAGACGUCAUGUAGUUUGUUAUGUCGUUUUUAAUCUUUCUGAAUUUGUGAGUUGAGUUAAAGAUACACCAGCUAACAAGACUUCGAAUCAGAAAAAAGUCAAAAAAUCUGUAAGUGGGGAACUUGCAUAUCGGGAAAUAAGAUAUACGUCUGCUAUUUGUUCAAAAUGUGAAAAGGGGCAACCAUCUGCCCACUUGGCUCUGGCGCCCCUGGCAAAGUUCGUUUCCAAAAACUUUCUUUGCAAACGUACGCCAGGAAAUGACGUUCACCAAAAAGCAUUAAACAUUUAGACAAAUCUCAAGAUGGAGUCAAGAGAAGAAAGGAAUAACUGUUACAUUCAGAAAAUACUUUCAAAUGUUGUUACGAAGAAACUUGUUGACUUAUUUAUCCAAGAGUGGAACAUUACUUACGGAGUAUGGGAAAAUACAAACGUUAGUGGUCAGAAGUUGUUCAAUAUUGAAAAAACAAAAACGAAACGUCAUGACAAACAUAUAGAAGCAAAAUUUCAAGAUGGUGACACCAGUAAGUGGGAUUGUACGACACUGUUUGCGGCGAUAUUGUUUUCCAAAUCAAUUGGAACAAAACUUGGAACAACAACUAGAUCUGCAGUUGAUGCACUUCGUAUUGUAAGAAACAAAUUUACCCAUAAUAAUCCAGGAAGAGUAUCUGAUAAUGAAUUUGACAAAAUGCUUUGUGAUAUUGAAAAGUCAUUUAAAGAUCUAGGAUUUUCAUUCACUGAAAUUAAUGAAAUUAAAUGUCAACGAAACAGAUUUGAAACUUUUCAAGUACUUCCUUGCAAAGCAAAUCACAAUGUGGUUAAACGUACAGAGUUACUUAAUCAAAUCACAGCAGAUCUCAAUAACUUGCGCAGUACUAACCAUAAUGAACUAACAUAUUAUUAUAUUUCUGGUAAUCCUGGCAGUGGUAAAUCUCAAUUAGCUAGACAAAUUUGCGAAGAAAUGUAUAACUCAUUUGACUGGGAAAAUAAAACAACAUUUGUGAUGACACUCGAAGGAAAAGAUAUCGACUCUGUUUUGAACACUUAUGCUGAACUUUAUCAACGAUUAAGCAAUGAUAAAACUGUCAUUGAAAAUAUUCUGAAAGAAGCAAAAAGCAGGGAAGACAAAAUCAAAGAUUUUCAAUUAUUGCUGACACAGCAACUGAAAUCUUGGCAAACAUGGUGGAUUGUUGUAGAUAACGUGGUUGAACUUCAUAAAAUUUAUCCAUUAUUACCUCAAGUUGGUGAUCAUAGCUGGAAAAAUGGUCAAAUUAUAGUAACUGUCCAAAAUACAGAUGCUAUACCACCAGAUGGAAAUCUAAAUAAACACAUUUCAGUUAGUCAUGGUAUGAACAAUGAAGAAUGUCAAGAACUUCUAUCUGUCUUUUCUGAUAUUCAUAAUAAAGAUGAAAAAUUUUUAAAGGAUUUAUCAGACAAAUUAGAUCGUCAACCGUUGUUCCUGGCAAAUGCUGCUUCCUACGUAGGUAGUGUAAAAAGUGUAAAUCCGACAUUCACGUGGGAGCAAUAUUUUGAUAAGUUGAAUGAAGGAGAGCGACAGAACAUGGAUGCCAAUUUUCAAAAAAUAAACUCAGCUUACUUAGGAAUGAAAACUGUUAUGUUAGCAGUACAAAAAAAUGCUGAAGAAUCCAUCUUGUUGGAACAUGUUUUUAAACUUUUCUCAUUAAUAUCUUUCGAUCCCUUACCACAAGAUGUUAUAAUACAUUUUAUUAAAAGCAUUGAUCCACAAAUAUCUGCAGAAGAUGUCUGUCUUCAAUUAAAGCAUUGUUCUUUAUUCCUUCAAACGGAAAACAACGACAUCCGCCUGCACAGCGUUGUACACGAAGCCAUCAUAAAUUAUUCAUCGCAGACCUUUGGCUGUAAACAAAACGAAAAUAAUUCUAAAAAGUUUGCAGCUGAUCUUGCCUGUCAAGUUGCUUGGGCACUAAAUAAUUUAAAAGACAGAGAAGAUGAAAUCAAAAUAAUUCCACAUCUAAUAAAAUUCAUAACAAAUUCAUCAUUUCAACAUUUCCUAAAUAAGUUGAUCGAUGUAAAAUCAUCAAAACAAACACUUGAUGAAAGAAAUUGGAAAUUUGCCAAAUAUUUUGUAGAUGUUUUGAAAAGAUUUUGCAACUAUAAACUUGCAACUAAAGUACUUUAUGAAAUAACAGAAAUUCAAACUAAAGUGUUAGGUGUUGAUCAUAUUCAUGUUUCAUAUUCGUACAACGACCUGGGUGAGUUGCUUUGGAAGAAUGGAGAAUAUGAAAAUGCAAAAGAUGUUCUCGAGCGAGCAAUGGAAAUUCAAACAAAAAAAUUUGGACCUGACCAUGUCAAUAUUGCGACAACGUACAGCAAUCUGGGUAGGGUUUACAAAGAUAUGGGAGAGUACGGAAAAGCAAAAGAUUUUCAUGAACGAGCGAUAGAAAUUGAAACGAAAACAUUUGGACCUGACCAUGUUAAUAUUGCGUCAAAGUACAACAAUAUGGGUUUGGUUUACCAUGAUAUGGGAGAGUACGAAAAAGCAAAAGAUUUUUAUGAACGAGCGAUAGAAAUUGAAACGAAAACAUUUGGACCUGACCAUGUUAAUAUUGCGUCAAAUUACAACAAUCUGGGUUUGGUUUACCAUGAUAUGGGAGAGUACGAAAAAGCAAAAGAUUUUUAUGAACGAGCGGUAGAAAUUAAAACGAAAGCAUUUGGACCUGACCAUGUUAAUAUUGCGACAACGUGCAACAAUUUGGGUUCGGUUUACUUUAAUAUGGGAGAGUACGAAAAAGCAAUAGAUUUUUAUGAACGAGCGAUAGAAAUUGAAACGAAAGCAUUUGGACUUGACUAUGUUAAUAUUGCGAUAACGUACAACAAUCUGGGUUCUGUUUACAGUAAAAUGGGAGAGUACGAAAAGCAAAAGAUUUUUAUGAACGAGCGAUUGAAUUUGACACGAAAACAUUUGGGCCUGACCAUGUUAAUAUUGCGACAACGUACAACAAUCUGGGUUUGGUUUACUUUAAUAUGGGAGAGUACGAAAAAGCAAAAGAUUUUUAUGAACGAGCAUUAGAAAUUGAAACCAAAGCAUUUGGACCUGACCAUGUUAAUAUUGCGACAAUGUACAACAAUCUGGGUUUGGUUUACGAUAAUAUAGGAGAGUACGAAAAAGCAAAAGAUUUUUAUGAACGAGCGAUAGAAAUUGAAACGAAAACAUUUGGACCUGACCA